AUGAAUCAAAACAAGAAUUUAUCAAAUUUUGGCAUAUUACGACUGGCUAUAGAACUACAACGACCAAUUAUUAAUAGAGAAAAUAGAUAAACAUUUAAUUUUCUACGAUAUUCAUUUAUUUAUUCAACACGAAAUUCAUUUACGAAAUAUUUUAUUUUCUAUGAUAUAUUUGUUUCUCAUAUUGUUGUUCAACAGGAAAUUCAAUUGGUGUAUAAGCUAUUUUAA